GGAAGUGUAUUACAGAACUGUCGUGUAUUGCCUAACAGCUUCCGGUGCGGUUUGUAGUCAGCCGGUAAACCGGGGCACUUUACGGCGCUGCUGUUUGAGCUGCUCAUGGACUAACCGUAGUAGUGAAGCCCUGGGGUCCUGAAUGUGGUGCGGAGCUCGGUCCGGAGUGGGGGAGACCCCUGCGCACUGCUAGCUGGAGGGCUAUGUCGUCUGCUGCAGAGGCUGGAGCGGUGGACAGCUGGAAGACGGCAUCAACAUUUCAGGAUACCUCGACCAGUGAAGAUGCUACAAUGAUUCCUGUGCUGAGUUCAAAAAAGGCAAGUGAAUUGCCUGUCGGUGAAGUGGCCUGGAUUCUUAAGGCUGAUCUCCAGAGCGGGUUAACAGAUUCUGAUGUCUGUCACAGGCGGGCCUCCCAUGGAUGGAACGAAUUUGAUAUCGGUGAAGAUGAGCCGCUAUGGAAAAAAUACAUUGCACAGUUUAAAAACCCGCUCCUUAUGCUCCUGCUCGCCUCCGCUGUCAUCAGUAUCUUAAUGCAUCAGUUUGAUGAUGCCGUCAGUAUCACAGUGGCAAUACUUAUAGUUGUCACUGUCGCCUUUGUUCAGGAGUAUCGGUCUGAGAAAUCACUGGAAGAGCUGAGCAAGCUAGUACCGCCAGAAUGUCACUGCAUACGGGAGGGAAGAUUGGAACAUACACUUGCCAGGGAAUUGGUCCCAGGAGAUACAGUUUGUCUGUCAGUUGGAGACAGAGUUCCUGCAGAUUUGCGGUUAUUUGAGGCUAUGGACCUGUCUGUGGAUGAAUCCAGUUUAACGGGAGAGACGGCGCCAUGCUCCAAAUCCACAGCCCCUCAGCCAGCAGCCACUAAUGGAGACCUCACAUCGCGAAGCAACAUCGCCUUUAUGGGGACACUUGUUAGAUGUGGCAAGGCAAAGGGAAUUGUCAUUGGAACUGGAGAAAGCUCAGAAUUUGGGGAGGUUUUCAAGAUGAUGCAAGCUGAAGAGGCACCAAAAACUCCACUUCAAAAAAGCAUGGAUAUUUUAGGAAAGCAGCUGUCCCUGUACUCUUUUGGUAUCAUAGGAGUCAUCAUGCUGGUCGGGUGGUUACAAGGGAAGCAUAUACUUGAUAUGUUCACUAUUGGUGUAAGCCUGGCAGUGGCGGCUAUCCCAGAAGGCCUUCCUAUUGUUGUAACUGUAACGCUGGCACUUGGCGUGAUGCGAAUGGUGAAGAAAAGAGCUAUUGUAAAGAAAUUGCCCAUCGUAGAAACCCUCGGUUGCUGUAAUGUUAUCUGUUCUGAUAAAACUGGAACGCUAACCAAAAAUGAGAUGACGGUCACUCACAUCUUUACAUCGGACGGAAUUCAUGCAGAGGUUUCUGGUGUUGGUUAUAAUCGUUUUGGUGAAGUGACAAUCGAUGGCGACAUUAUUCAUGGCUUCUGCAACCCAUCAAUAAGCAGAGUGGUGGAAGCCGGAUGUGUUUGUAAUGACGCUGAGAUAAGAAAUAACACCUUAAUGGGCAAGCCGACCGAGGGAGCUCUAAUUGCUCUUUCUAUGAAGAUGGGUCUCGAGGGGCUUCGGCAUGACUUUAUCCGGAAGUCAGAAUACCCAUUCAACUCGGAACAAAAGUGGAUGGCUCUGAAAUGUGUGCACAGGACUCAGCAGGAUAAACCAGAGAUUUGCUUUAUGAAAGGUGCCUACGAGCAAGUAAUUCGAUACUGCACAACAUACAACAGCAAAGGCCACAAUUUACCUCUCACUCAGCAACAAAAAGAGCUGUAUCAUCAGGAGACUGCAUACAUGGGCACAGCAGGUCUCCGAGUUAUUGCUCUGGCAUCGGGUCCAGAGUUGGGUCAGCUUACAUUUUUGGGCUUGGUGGGAAUAAUCGACCCUCCUCGGACUGGCGUGAAAGAAGCGAUCACUACUCUUAUCCGCUCUGGCGUCGCAAUUAAAAUGAUCACUGGAGAUUCACAAGAAACCGCUGUGGCUAUUGCUAGUCGUCUUGGCUUCUAUUCCAAUGGCCUGCAGUCCCUUUCUGGAGAGGAGGUGGAUACAAUGGACAUUCAGCAGCUUUCCCAGAUGGUACCAAAGGUCUCUGUCUUUUAUCGGGCCAGCCCGCGGCACAAGUUAAAGAUUGUAAAGAGCCUGCAGAACAUUGGAGCUGUUGUUGCUAUGACCGGAGAUGGUGUGAAUGACGCCGUGGCCUUGAAAGCUGCAGACAUUGGGAUUGCCAUGGGCAAAACUGGAACGGACGUCUGUAAAGAGGCAGCUGACAUGAUCCUGGUGGAGGAUGAUUUUCAUACAAUUAUGUCAGCCAUUGAAGAGGGGAAGGGAAUCUACAACAACAUUAAAAAUUUUGUUCGCUUCCAGCUUAGCACGAGCAUUGCAGCCUUGACUUUAAUAUCUCUUGCUACAUUAAUGAAUUUUCCAAACCCUUUAAAUGCCAUGCAGAUUUUGUGGAUCAAUAUAAUCAUGGAUGGCCCUCCGGCUCAGAGCCUCGGAGUAGAGCCGGUUGACAAAGAUGUUAUCAGAAAGCCACCAAGAAACCUUAAGGAUAGCAUUCUCACCAAGAACCUAAUUAUCAAAAUUCUUAUUUCUUCUAUCAUCAUAGUAUGUGGCACAUUGUUCGUCUUCUGGAGAGAGCUUCGGGAUAAUGUUAUUACUCCACGAGACACGACGAUGACCUUCACAUGCUUUGUAUUUUUUGAUAUGUUCAAUGCUUUAAGCUCCAGAUCACAGACCAAGUCUGUCUUUGAGAUUGGUUUGUGCAGUAACAAAAUGUUCUGCUAUGCUGUCCUCGGAUCCAUCAUGGGGCAGUUACUUGUUAUUUAUUUCCCCCCUCUACAAAAAGUUUUUCAAACUGAAAGUCUCAGUAUUCAAGACCUCCUGUUCUUGAUAGGACUUACAUCGUCUGUAUGUUUUGUGUCUGAAAUCAUUAAGAAAGUGGAGCGCAGCCAAGAGGGUCUUCAGAAGCUCCAAGGACCACCAUCUUCUUUGUUUCUUGAUGUAUGAUGCAUAUUGCAUUGUUUUAAACUGCACAUGGAGAAGUAUGGCUUCAACUCUAAGGAUUUCCAAGACUGACCAAAAGUGGUGGGAUUUGGUGUAUCCCUCAGGAUGUCACACACUGAACAGGAGGCUUCCAACAACUUUAUGUUUUGGAACCAUUUAAGUAUUGUCCAGAUUAAAGGUUUUCAAAAAGGAACAAUAAUAAAAUAAAAAUCAUUCUG